AUGAUAAAAAUUAAAAAAAAUAAAGAUUUCAUAGGAACACUUAGAAAUAUUUUAGAAGUAGAUUUAUUUUUAAUAUAGAAUCAAGAAUAUUAAGGGAUAAUAUAAUUGUUGAAAGAAAAAAAUGGUUUUAAAAUAUUGGAUCAGGAAUAAUUUAAAUCUGUUAUUUUAGUUAAGCAUUUCACACAUAAUAAUUACUCAAGUUUUAGAAGGUUUGCUAUAUAUUAACACUUUAGAUAACUUAAUUUAUAUGGGUUUUAAUCUCAUAAGUCUAAUAAAAAUGAAAUCCUUUAUACAAAUGAAUCAUUCAAUUUUGAAACAGAUAAAAAAAUGAAGAAAUAGCGUAAAUCAGAAAUAUGUUCUGAAAAUAUUGAAUUAGAGUAAAAAAGAUAAUUGAAUUAACUCUUAUAACUUUAAUAAAAUUAGAAACAAAUGAUAGAAUAAAUAAAAACAAUUAUAACCACUUAAGAAGAAACAAAAUAAAAAAUGAAAUGUUAAUUAUCUGUAAAAAUAUAAAUUAUAUUAGAAUUAUGUAAAACAAAGAUUCAAAUCAGAUGAAAGAGAUAAAUUCCUUUUUCUCGCAUUAUCAUUAUACACUAACAUUAAAGAUUAAAAAUUUAGUAAAAUUAUAAGUUAAUUAGAAUAAUAUAUUGAUGAUCUAAUUUAAGAGUCCAAUUAUUUUCCUUUUUUUAAUUAAUUAAAACACUAAUUAAUUAAGAAUACGAAAACACUUUUUUCUCUUAUAAAUUUCUAUUUUAAUAAAGAAAUUCAUGAUUCUAAGUCUGUUGAUAUUUCAUUUAAUGAAUAAGAUAUGGAGGAUAAAUUAAGUUUAAGUAAUAUUAGUAAUUACUUUGAUCUAUGA